CUUGAAAGGUGUUUCUGUGGCCGUCUGUCUCUUAUUUGUUCAAGUAUGUCGGUAAGGGGAUCAGUUUGGUGCACAUCUCUUAAGCCGAGUAGAUGAUCUGAUUUUAAUUUGUUCUCAUCCAUCAAUAGCAGCAUGCCUUGUGAGGUGAAACCUCGUUUUGUUGUGUUGUACGGGUCUCAGAAGGGUCAGGCUCAGUCCAUAGCUGAGAGCAUAGCUGACGAGGCUAAGGAGCAUGGGCUGGUCGCUGAUCUCUGCUGCCUGAACCAGAACGAGAAGUACAGUUUGGAGAAGGAGUGUGCUCCAGUAGUCUUUGUCGUGUCUACCACUGGAGAUGGGGAACCUCCAGACAAUGCCUUAAAGUUUGUGAAGCGCAUCAAGAAAAAGACCCUCUCCCCUGACCACUAUAAACACCUUUUAUAUGCACUUUUAGGUUUAGGCGACACAAAUUAUGCGAAUUUCUGCAACUGCGGGAAGACAAUAGAACGUCGUCUUCAGGAACUUGGAGCCAAACAGUUCUACCCGACGGGGUAUGCAGAUGAUGGCGUAGGGUUGGAGCUGGUUAUUGACCCUUGGCUUGAAGGACUGUGGAACGCCAUUAAAAGUGCCCUAUCAAAAAUGGCUUCUGACAUGACUGCCCAGCUUUAUCAAAAUGUUGAAGACUCUGCCCAAGAAAAGCCUGACUCGACCUUACCGGAUGUCCAGUUGAACCUCUUAAGCAUUGCUGAUAAACAGAACUGUGAGCCAGACUCUAAACAUGCAUCUCCUUUGGCCAUUUCUGAUGUCAGACCAGCUUCUUCUCCUGGGAGCACUGGUUUAGCAUCCCAGUCUACCUCAACUGUCUUUACAUCAGCACCAAAAACUCAAGCCUGCAGCGAAGGAGCCCCCUUUGUUUCCUUGGCAGCCUCACUGAGGAGCUCCCUGCCGCCGCUUUCUGAGUCCUCCUUGAACAUUCCUGCUCUACCUCUGCCAUACUUGGAUGUUACUUUUCAGGAGGCGGACGCUGCCGAACAGGCUGUUGAAAUAUUGAACAAGGAGACUCUUUAUCAGGUGCCCAUUUCUAAGGCAGUUCAGCUGAGCAAAGGGGAUUCAGUGAAGACAGCCCUUCUGCUGGAACUGGACAUUUCAGCUUGUCCAUCCAUGACCUAUCAGCCUGGGGAUUCUUUUGACGUGUUCUGCCCAAACAGGGCUGAAGACGUGGACCAGCUGGUCCACAGACUUGGCCUGCAGGACCAAAAGAACCAUCGUGUUCAGAUUACUCUAAGGGAGGAUACGAAGAAAAAAGGUGCUCAGGUGCCGUCGCACAUCCCUCAAAACAUUUCUCUGCUGUCCCUGCUCACUUGGUGCCUUGAGAUCAGGAGCAUUCCUAAGAAGGCUUUUCUGCGAGCGCUAGUGGAACAUACAUCGGACAGUGGCCAGAGGAGGAGACUCCAGGAACUCUGCAGUAAGCAAGGUGCUGCAGACUACAACCUUUAUGUCCGAGAUUCAAGCCUCAGCGUUUCGGAGCUUCUCGCCGCCUUCCCGUCCUGCUCGCCUCCUCUCAACCUCCUCAUAGAGCUUUUGCCGAGACUGCAGCCCAGGCCUUAUUCAGCAGCAAGCUCCCGUCUCAAACAUCCAGAAAAGCUGCGUUUUGUCUUCAAUAUGGUUGAGUUCCCAGCAUGCUCUGGAAGGCCUGCGGGCAGGCGAGGUUUGUGCACCGGCUGGCUGUUUGACCUCGUCAUCCCUGGCCUGGUUUUCCCUGAGAAGGCUGAAUCUUCCAGCAGCCUGCCUCUGCCAAAGAUUCAUGUGAGUUUGAGACCCAACUGCUCCUUUCGACCUCCUUCUGACCCAUCAGUGACAUUUAUUAUGAUUGGACCUGGAACUGGAGUGGCUCCUUUUAUAGGCUUCCUUCAGCAGAGGGAGGAGGAGAAGAAAGAAAACCCAGAGGCAGAGUUUGGCGAGACCUGGCUGUUUUUCGGUUGUCGCUACAGAGACCGAGAUUACCUGUUCAGAGAGGAACUGGAGGACUUUGUGUCCAGUGGCACCCUGAACCACCUGAAAGUCUGUUUCUCCAAAGAACACAUGAAGGAUGAGGAGGAACCUACCUCAGCAGCACAACCCAGAUAUGUCCAACACAAUCUGUUGCUGUACUGCCAGCAAGUCACCGACAUCCUUCUCAGACAGAAUGGCUACAUCUAUGUCUGCGGGGAUGCUAAGAACAUGGCCAAAGAUGUGAAUGAGACGCUGAUGGAGAUGAUUAAAACUGAGCUUCAGGUGGACCAACUGGAGGCCAUGAAGGCACUGGCAAGGCUUAGAGAGGAGAAGCGCUAUUUACAGGACAUCUGGGCCUGACUGCAGAUGAGAUAAGAGCUUUCUGCUGCAUCUGCUGGAUAAAAGAUAUAAAUAUAUAUAUAUAUAUAUAUAUAUAUAUAUUUAUAUAUAUAUAUAUAUAUAUAUAUAUAUAUAUAUAUAUAUAUAUAUAUAUAUAUAUAUAUAAUAACCAUAUAAUUGUUGGUGCAGAUGCCUGAAGGUAGUUUACAGCAGCCAAUGUCACUGAGAUAGAGUGACCCAUGUGACCUGUGAGUAUCAGUUCAGUCCUUCCUUGCCUUCGCUGUUUAAGCAGAGCUGACCUUGGUCAGUGCAGCAGUGCUGGAGAUUAGCCCUGCGGUGUGAAAAGGCUUUUAGUGAAGACACGACUCCUAGGUUUGUCCUUUGUGAUGAAAAGGCAUUUAUUACUGUCGGCCUUAAUGGAGUGACUUUGAUGAGACUCAGAGCACGAUACUUUUCCCAUCUUGACAGCACAUCAAUCUGUAGUUUUUUUAAAGCGCACACACACACAAAUAAAAAUUAUUGCCAUUCUAGGAAGGGUGCUUGUAAUUGCCACCAGUGAUAUUGUUAAAAAAAUACAUAUUUCUUGGGAUGUGAUUUCACUGUUUAAAUGUACUCAUAUUAAAGGUUGGUGUCUUUCUGCAAUUUCACUGUCAAAUUGUGUGACUGCAAUGAAAAAUAAUUUUUCAGAUAGAUGUGUUAAGUGUUGAGCAGACUCUUUAUUGGCAUGUAUCACCAUCUUUUCUAAAAGGAAAUGUUGGAUUUAGUUUUCUUGGAUCCUUUAGACUUUUAUAAAAGUUGUUUUUAAUGAGUCCAUAUUAUGUUUAUCUAGACAUUUUUAUUUCCUGUAGAACUUUAGGAGGUUUAUAUAAUUAAAACCAAAACAAGCUCAAUCAAAUCUGCUGAGUUUAAGCAUCUGUUUUAGAGUCCUCUUGGCUGAAACGUCCAGCAUGAGUUCAGGUUGUCCACCUGAUUGGUUCUGACUGGACUGAACCUAACUUUGUUAGCCGCAAAGCAACCAUUAUGUAAAUAUGCUUCAUGCUGAUGUAUUAAAGGAAACAAGAUGUCUCAGGCUUUU